AUGAAAGCGUUCUUGUCAGCAUUGUUUCUCUCUGUUUCUGCGAUUGCAGUCUCAAGCACUAUUCCUCCUUCACUUACCGAUGGGAGAUGUGCAAACCUUCUGGUUGAUGACUUUGCAUCGCAGUCACGAUUGAUAUUUCUGUUCUACAAUGCCAUGCUUCAGCCUUCUUCCGACGAUGGGACCAUGGCUCCGAUUACAGGCAGAGCGGACACGGCAACUUCAGUCAUCGUUUCAAACAACCACCUCACACUGACCUCGGCCGAGGACGGGACUUCAUACUGGUAUACGAUGCUUGGGUGCACCAGAGCUACAGAUAUGUAUGGAGGUAUUGGUAUAACAAUUAAAGCACCCAAAGGCACAACCAUGACAAUUGAGCUCCAGACUUCAAAAACCUGUUCCUCGGGUAACCCGACUCUACAUGAUCUCGAUUCGACUGCUCUAGGAUGGGUCUUUGAUGGAACGGAGCAGGAUUAUAGUAUCCCAUUCUCCACAUUCCAAGGACUUGACACCGAUCACCUCUUAAGUCUGCUCCUUUCUGGAAUAAGCAAGCCAAUCACCCUGGGUCCGAUCGCUUUCUACUGCGGACUUUCUGGGACAGAAUACCCUGUUCCAUCAACGAUCCCAUUUCUCGAGCCAACUUCAACAAUUCCAGCAACUAUAGGGCCAUCAGCCUUCGUGAUCGAUACUUUUGGAAAUGGAAAUUCAAACAACCUCGGCUUCUACUACGGAGGAGAUGAUGCUGCCACCUACAAGCUUUCAAAGGGUAGGAUGACCAUCAACAUGAAGGGAAAUUCGGAUUUAUCUUGGUAUACUCAGGUGUCGGAUAGCUGCAGUGACUUUACAACGAACAAUGAUGGAUAUCUGCACAUCGCAUAUUCUGGUAGUAAUGCCUUCACUAUAGCAAUGCAGCAACAUAAUCCCACAUGCGACCCCAACAAGAACCCUUGGCCCUACACAUGGGAUUCCGUCGAAGCAGUGCGAUACUCGAACUCUGACAAAACUGACCUCUACGUCCCAAUUUCACAUUUUGAGAUCGAUUACACGAAAACAAUCGGUUUUGCCCUUAAAGAUUUCUAUACCUCCAUUCCGACCCUAAUCUCGAAAAUCGAGAUUAUUCAGACGGUUCCCAAUGGCUUUCUCGUUCCAACCAAGCUGAGCACGGCGCCAUUAAUCUUUGCUUGCACCAGACCCAACUCGUUUGCAGCUGGACACCAAAUAGCAUAUCAUUCAUACACCCAUCCACCAAUGGAAGGACUUCCUUCCCUCGCUGCGAUUGACUGGGAGCUCAACAACGACAUCUCAGCCGUCUCUCAAACUCUCGGCAUAACCUCCAAGUACUUCCGACCGCCUUUUGGCACAGAGGGGGCCCGCGUUCGCCAACGUCUUGCUGCUCUGAUUCCCGGUGCCAAGUUCUCGGAGUGGAGCGUGGAUGUGCAAGAUUGGUUGUGGGCAGAGAGCACGACGCCAGAGAAUCAAAUCAAGAGUUUCCAAAGCGACGUUGAUAAAGGAGGUAACCUUGUGGUUAUGUACCUGCCGCAGUUUAUUGAUAUUGCGAGAAAGACUGGAAAGCAGUUGAUGCGGGUUGAUCAGUGUAUGGAGGAUCCCGAUGCUCCUCCUUUGUGA